AUGGCGAUCCAGGAGCCUAUACAGAAGAAGAGGAAGCUCGAGCCACCCCCCAACAAGAAGCAGCUCGCCGUCCAGCCCAGUUUCACCGAUGUGCUCGAGCAGCUCGAGGCCGAAGACGGCGCGUCUGCAGAGAGUAUAGAAUCCUCGGCAGCUUGGCCAAGGCCUCCAGUACCUGCAUACGACAGCAAGAAGGACGCGAUUACCUUUCAACAGAUCGAAAUUGAGGAAGCUACAGAUAGCACUCAUGGCCCCAUCCUCAGGCUGUUCGGUGUCAACAAAUCUGGCAAUUCGGUUCUCGCCAAUGUGCAUGGCUUCAGGCCGUACUUUUAUGUCCCGGCACCAAGCGGGUUCCUCAACAAGGACCUUCAGCCUUUGCAGGACAAGCUCAAUUCUUCCAUAGGAAACUUCGGUCCUUGUGUCACAAAUUGCGCCAUCUUCAAUCGACGCUCGCUGUGGGCCUACCGUGGCGACGAGACUGUACCCUUCAUCAAGAUCACCUUGAACGACCCUAAGAGUCUUCCCAAAGUCGACUUCAACGGAUUGUUUGAUACAGAAGUGUUGACUUAUGAGAGCAACAUCGCGUAUACCAUGCGAUUCAUGAUUGAUACAAAGAUUGUGGGGAUGAAUUGGGUCAGCAUUGCCGGCGGACGGUACGACGUUUUGAGUGAAGGAGCCAAGAAGUCGCAAUGUCAAAUCGAAGUAUCUUGCAACUACAAAGACCUGAUAUCACACGCACCUGAAGGCGAAUGGCUCACCAUUGCCCCUCUCCGUAUCUUGAGUUUUGAUAUCGAAUGUGCUGGUCGUAAGGGUAUCUUCCCGGAAGCUCAGAUCGACCCUGUGAUCCAAGUUGCUGCCAUGGUCACCAGGCAUGGCGAAUCUAAACCCUUUGUCCGUAACGUCUUCACCCUCAACACGUGUGCCCAUAUCGUCGGCUCGCACGUUUUGGAGUUCAAGGACGAAAGACAGCUGUUACUGGAAUGGCGCAAAUUUGUCGAGGCUGUUGACCCCGACAUGAUCAUUGGAUACAACAUCUCCAAUUUCGAUUUGCCGUAUUUGCUUGAUAGAGCGAAGGCUCUGAGAGUGGGAGAUUUUGCUUUCUUGGGUCGAAUGAAGGGUGUGAGAACAGAGGUCAAGUCGACCCACUUCAACUCAAAAGCAUACGGUCAAAGGGAUUCCAAGGCCGUCAACAUGGAAGGCCGUCUGCAACUUGAUAUGCUUCAAGUCAUGCAGAGAGACUACAAGCUGCGAAGUUAUACGCUCAACGCAGUCUGUGCCCAGUUUUUGGGAGAGCAAAAGGAAGACGUACAUCACUCUAUCAUUACCGAGUUGCAGAACGGUACCGCGGAUUCUAGAAGACGUCUUGCCGUCUACUGUCUAAAGGAUGCGUACCUUCCACAGCGACUGCUAGAUAAGUUGAUGUGUUUCGUCAACUAUACCGAAAUGGCACGAGUCACAGGUGUCCCCUUCAAUUAUCUCUUGGCACGAGGUCAACAAAUUAAAGUCAUCUCUCAGCUGUAUCGAAAUGCUGCCGAUGCUGGAUACGUCAUUCCCGCAAUGAGGAGCGAAGGAUCAGACGAGCAGUACGAAGGUGCUACCGUUAUUGAACCCAGCAAGGGUUAUUAUGAUGUGCCUAUUGCGACGUUGGAUUUCGCCUCCCUGUAUCCUUCCAUCAUGAUGGCUCACAACUUGUGUUAUACGACUUUGCUUGACAAGGCUACGAUUGACAGAUUAAAGCUUGUCGAAGGCGAGGACUAUGUUCAUACCCCCAACAAUGAUUACUUUGCCACAACCAACCGCCGAAAGGGUCUCCUUCCCACCAUUCUUGAAAACCUUCUUGGUGCCCGUAAGAGAGCCAAGCAAGAUCUCAAGGUCGAGAAAGACCCUUUCAAGCGAGCUGUACUGGAUGGCCGUCAAUUGGCCUUGAAAGUCAGUGCCAACUCUGUCUACGGUUUCACAGGUGCCACCGUCGGAAAACUUCCCUGUCUCGCCAUUUCGUCUAGUGUCACAGCCUACGGUCGUCAAAUGAUUGAGUUUACGAAACAGGAGGUGGAGUCUGAGUACUGUGUGAAGAAUGGGUAUGAUCACGAUGCGAAGGUCAUCUAUGGAGAUACAGAUUCUGUCAUGGUGCGAUUCGGUUGUCCAGAUCUGGUCACUGCGAUGAGGCUCGGCGCCGAGGCUGCCGACUUGGUGUCUACCAAAUUCACAAAGCCCAUCAAGCUCGAAUUUGAGAAAGUCUACUUCCCAUAUCUUUUGAUCAGCAAGAAGCGUUAUGCCGGUCUGUAUUGGACAAAACCUGAAAAGUAUGACAAAAUGGACACGAAGGGUAUCGAGACUGUUCGACGAGACAAUUGUCGUUUAGUCUCCACUGUGAUUGAGACAUGUCUAUUCAAGAUGCUUAUCGAUCGAGACGUCAAGGGUGCCGAAGACUAUGUCAAAGACACCAUCGCCGACUUGCUGCAAAACAAGAUCGAUAUGUCCCAACUGGUCAUCACCAAAGCCCUCGCCAAAGCCGAUUAUGCCGCUAAGCAAGCCCACGUCGAGCUCGUCGAGCGAAUGCGAAAGCGUGACGCCGGUUCUGCGCCUGCAUUGGGUGACCGUGUGGCCUAUGUCAUUGUGAAGGGUACCAAGGGAGCGGCGGCGUACGAAAAGUCUGAAGAUCCUCUCUAUGUUCUGGAACAUAAUGUUCCUAUCGACACGAGAUACUACUUGGAAAACCAGCUUUCAAAGCCAUUGAUGAGAAUCUUCGAGCCUAUUCUGGGAGAGAAAGCCAACAGUUUGCUCGCCGGUGAUCACACUAGAACGAUCCAAAUUGCUACCCCGACAAUUGGUGGUCUCAUGAAGUUUACGGUCAAGACGGUGACAUGUUUGGGGUGCAAGACCCCUCUGAAGGGCAAGAAUGAGGGUGCCGUGUGCGUCAAUUGUCGACCAAAACUUGCAGAGCUCUACCAAAAGCAAGUCGGUCAGACGUCUGCUUUGCAAAUCGAUUUUGCUCGUCUUUGGACCCAAUGUCAAAGAUGCCAAGGAUCUUUGCAUCAGGACGUUAUCUGCACUUCAGCCGACUGUCCCAUCUUCUACCGCCGUACCGCCCGGCAGAAGGAAGUUGCAGCCUCGGUCUCUCAAUUGGAUCGUUUCGAGAAGGAGAGCGGAUGGUGA